GUGAGUGAUAGUGCAGUGCAGUAAACAAGGGAAGAAUUGUAGCAUCACGAACGGGAAUCCUACCCCCAUCACGAACGCAAUGCAAUGCUUCAGACAUUUGCAAAACUCAUCCGCACAGCAAACACACUCUCAAAAUCAAAACCACCUCUCCACCACCACAAAACCCUAACCACCGCCACAACCACCACUUCCAAAGAUGAAUACUUCGCCGCAAUCCAACACGUGGCAAACAUCGUCCGUCGCGACUUCUACUUGGAACGAACCCUCAACAAACUCCGCAUCACAAUCACACCGGAACUCGUCUUCCGUGUCCUCCGCGCCUGUUCCUCUUCCCCAAUCGAGUCCCUCCGUUUCUUCAACUGGGCUCAAUCCCUCCACCACCACCCUACCUACGUCCCAACCUCUGUCGAAUUCGAAGAAAUCGUCACCAUCCUCGCUAACUCCAACAAUUACCAAACCAUGUGGUCAAUCAUUCACCAAAUGACUCACCACCACCGCCUCUCCCUUUCCCCGUCCGCCGUCUCCUCCUUAAUCGAAUCCUACGGCCGCCACCGCCAUAUCGACCAAUCCGUUCAGCUUUUCAACAAAUGCAAAAUCUUCAACUGUCCUCAGAAUCUGCAACUCCACAACUCCCUCCUCUUUGCCCUCUGUGAAUCGAAACUCUUCCACGCCGCUUACUCCCUCAUCCGCCGCAUGCUUCGGAAAGGUAUCAACCCUGAUAAACGUACAUACGCGCUUCUCGUCAACGCGUGGUGCUCAAGUGGCAAAAUGCGUGAAGCUCAACAGUUUCUCAAAGAGAUGAGUGAUAAAGGGUUUACACCUCCUGUUAGAGGCCGUGAUCUUCUCAUUGAAGGCUUGUUGAACGCGGGCUACAUUGAAUCGGCAAAAGGAAUGGUGAGGAAAAUGGUGAAGGAAGGAAUCGUCCCUGAUGUGGGAACAUUCAAUGCAUUAAUGGAAUCAACUUGUAAAUGCGGGGAAGAAGAAGUUAAGUUUUGUGUUGGGCUUUAUCAUGAGCUAUGUAAAUUAGGAAUGGUUCUUGAUGUUAAUACUUACAAGAUUUUGGUACCUGCUGUUUCGAAAAUUGGGUUAAUGGAUGAGGCUUUUAGGUUGUUGAAUAAUUUUAGUGAGGAAGGUAGUCGUCCAUUUCCUAGUUUGUAUGCACCUGUUAUGAAGGCUUUGUUUAAGAGGGGUCAAUUUGAUGAUGCUUUUUGCUUUUUUGCUGAUAUGAAAGCAAAGGGUCAUCCUCCUAAUCGACCUCUUUAUACCAUGCUUAUUACUAUGUGUGGUCGUGGUGGAAGGUUUGUCGAUGCUGCUAACUAUCUUUUUGAAAUGACUGAGAUUGGUUUUGUACCUAUAUCUCGUUGCUUUGAUAUGGUUACUGAUGGAUUGAAGAAUUGUGGGAAACAUGAUUUGGCUAAGAGAGUACAACAACUCGAAGUGUCUAUACGGGGUGUUUGAAUUUUAAAUAUAUUCAAUUCUAAUUGCAUUUUUCAUCAAUAGACUUAAUGGAAGGUGAAUGCUUUCAUUGUUAAACAUAGUAGACUACCUGCAACUGAGAAAAAUAGGUUUUGAAAUAUAUACAUGCAUGAAAAGAGAAAGCCAUUCAUCUGAAGUGAAGUUGGCCAAUGGCCAGUAUCCUCAUGUUAUAAAUUAUUGAAUAAUUUGUAUGAGGGAAAAGUUUUCAGAGGGAAGAAAGCUUAAAGCUUUUCUCUUUAGCAGAAUUUCUGUGUUUUUCCAUAAGUUCUCAAUCCAUUGAUGACUGGAAAAGAGAGACUGAAAGAAAGACGAAGAUAAUAAUUCUCCAUGUUCAUAGAUGUUGCUUCUUUUGUCCCUUGAAUUCUGUAAUCUGUAUACUCUGAUGGAAAACUUUUAUGUAUGGCUCUGGAAAAAACAGAUUUUCUGUUUGAAA